GGUACAUACUCUUUGGUGAAGUGUGACCGGUGACGUCCGGGCGACGUAAUUUGUAAUUUUUUUGCGGGUUCAAUAAAUAAUUAUCAAGUUAAAUUAUCUCAAAUUAACACCGCAAUGGGAUUUCUUGGUGGAAUAGUCAAAAAAUUAAUUAAAUUAAUAUUAUAUUCAGGUCUCGUAGUGGCUUUUAUUGUUUUGAUACCCAAUCUACCGCCGUAUACAAAGUUUACGAGUAUUGAGCUUGAACCGACCCAACCGCGGGUAGGACCAUUGGCCCCUAACGAUGUCUUAAAUAAUGCCCAGGCUUUAUACAAAGAUAAGUUGUUAGGACCAGAAGCAUUUCAGAUAUGGAAUGGUGAGAUAUACACCGGGCUUGCGACCGGGGAAAUAGUAAAAGUAUCCCCAGGUGGACAUGUCACUUUUGUUACAAAAAUUGGACAGCCCUGUGCAGGCAUAAUUCAAGAACACAUUUGCGGGCGUCCGCUUGGAUUUGUAAUUGAUGAAAAGAAUAAACUUCUGUAUGUUGCGGAUGCAUAUCUUGGAAUUUGGAAGGUUGACUUAGCAACAGAUAAGAAGCAACUGCUGGUGUCCCCCCGUGUGCCCAUAGAUGGAAGAAUUCCAAAGAUCUUCAACUCAGUUGCUUUAGAUAAGAAUGGAGAUCUUUAUUGGUCGGACUCCAGUAGCGAUUUCUAUUUGAGGGAUGGAGUGUUGGCAGCCCUUGUGGACCCAUCUGGAAGGUUGUUCCACUACAACUCUGCAAAGAACAGCAGCAAAGUGUUGCUAGAUGAUAUCUGGUUUGCCAACGGUGUGCUCUUAUCACCAGACAACCAGUUUGUGUUGGUUGCAGAGUCAUCUCGGUAUAGGAUUCUCAAGUAUUACAUCAAUGGACCUAAAAAGGGUACCUCUGAAGUUUUCGUAGCUGGAUUACCAGGACUGCCGGACGUGCUGCGCGCCUUACCGGACGGCUCGGGCGUGCUGGCGUCGCUGUACUUGGCGUUCGACGAGGACAGCCCGCUGCUCAGCCGGACCAUGUCCAACGCGCCGCUCGCCAGGAAGCUCAUAGCCCGCCUCAUCCGUCUCAUUGAAAUACCAUUCGAAUUCCUCCAGAGCCAGUUUCCCAAUCAUAUUUUUGAAAGCAUCGUAUACAAGAUUGGUCACUUUGCAAGCAUAGCUAGUUUUACUCCUGAAAAAACGGGACUAGUUCAAAUGGACUGGAAUGGUAAUAUCGUGGCAUCAUACUUCAAUACAGAUGGAAGUCUGCUCCAUAUAAGUGAUGCGAUUGUAUACAAUAAUAAGUUAUACACUGGUUGUCCACAUUUACAAAAUUUCAUAGGUGCUGUACCAGCUCCGCCACAGUUGAUAAAAGCUUUCACUGCUAAUAAACCAUCUGCAAAGGAACAGCCGAAAGUAGAAUCGAACAAACCUAAAGUUGAUGAAAAUAAAGAAGCACCCAAGAAUGCUAAGCCUGUAACACGCCCUACUCCUCAACCGACCACCACACCAAAACCAACUACAAAAUCAAAUGAUAUUCCUAAAGAAAAGGUUGUGAAACAAAAUACUGAUCCCAAAGAAAGUGAAAAAGCGAAACUGAAAGAAGCAGAUAUUAAACAGAAGGAAGUUAAAAAGGAUGAGAAACCCAAAGCUGUACCAAAACAAAGCGAUCAAAAGUCUAAAGUAGCACCAAACGUUGCUGACGUGAAGCCAAAAGAACCAAAAGUAAGUGCAUCGCAAGCUGAAGCAAAACCGAAAGUCGCGCAAAAGGAUGCGGAUCCAAAAUUGAAAGCCACACCACAAAAUACUGCGCAACCAAAACCUGAUACUAAAAGCCAAGAAUCGCAAAAAAAACCAGUUAAAGAAACGGAAAACAAAGCGAAAGUCUCAGAAACCAAUGAUGUAAAAUCUGAACCGAUUAAAAAAGAAGCACAUUCAAAAACAGGUGCAGAGCCUGGCGCUAAAGCAGCAACGAAACUACCAGAGAAAUCUGACAAACAAAAUGCAAAAAUAAAACCUGCUUCUGAUCCCAAACUCAAAAAGACUGAAACAGGCAAAAAAACGAAUCCAGAAGCAAUACCUAUCAAAGAAAAUAUCCCCUCUGAUACUGCAAAGCCCAAUAAGGAAACAUUAAAAGUCAUAAAAAAGAGUGGACCACAAGAAAUUCCUAAUCCUGCUUUAUAAGUGCAGGUUGUGGUAAUUAUAGUUAAAAUCUUUUUAUACAAAUGCUAUAUUUAUUGAAAGGAAGAUGAUGUUAUCAGUCAAUAUUUUUGUUUGAAAUUGUUUUCCAAGUAUUUAGUAGGAUAUAUUGACAAAAUAUAUUCCUGUGUGGUUGGUUACCAUUCCAAGAACAUUCCUACUUUAUUAUUAUUGUGUGAAGUUUUUCAGUAUUUUGUAUAUAUCGCGAUCUCAAAAUUGUUUUUCUUUUGAUAGGUAUUUAUAUUUUUUCUUUAUUAUUUUGCCCAUGAGAUCUACCUAUAACGAUACGAUUUUUUAUUUUGUCAAAUGUUGUGAGUAACAGUAAAAUAUGGUACAUUGAUGCAUGGUCUCUUUCACAUUUUGCUAUUUUGAGAUCUAUAAUAUAAUAUAUUUUUAAGAGCUUAUGAGUAAAGAGUAGAUAUCUUUACACAAGUUUGUUUCUAUUAUUUAUUUUAUAUCACACAAUAUUAUGACAAAUUAUUGUGAAAUAAUCUCAUUAUUCCAUAAAUCUAUUUUUAUAACUCCAUACGUAAAGUUUUUUAGGGUUUUUUAAAUGUUAUAGUUACGAAAAAAUAUAUUUUGUUAAAUGUUUUUUUAGAUACCAGUUUCUAUUUAACAAGCAAUAAUUGUUUCAAUAAACGUUUUUAUACUUACA